AUGCAGCUCAAAUUUUGUUCCCUGCUUGUGGUUGCAUUCGGGGUCAUCAGCUCCCACUGCGCCUGGCCAGAUGCACCUCUCGUCGCCUCAGGUCGAUGGAUUCACAAUUCAAAAGGUGCAAACGUCACAUAUGCGGGAGUAAAUUGGCCUGGGGCAGCGGACGUGAUGAUUCCAGAGGGCUUACAAUAUGCUUCAAUCGAAAAGAUUGUGUCAGAAAUUAAGAGUCUGGGAAUGAAUGCUAUCCGCCUGACAUUUGCGAUUGAGAUGAUUGAUGAUAUUAAGGAUAAUGGAGGCGAUGUCAGGCUCUCAGCAGCCUUCAACAAAGCUCUAGGCACUACGAAUGGUCCUGUGGUGUACAACAAAGUGCUGCAGAACAAUCCUCAGUUUAGCGCGAGUACCACCAGAGUGCAGGUCUAUGAUGCAAUUGCUGCCGAGUGCUUCAAGCAGCAAAUCUACGUUCACCUUGAUAAUCACAUGUCAAAAGGUGAAUGGUGUUGUUCAACAACGGACGGGAACGCCUGGUUCGGAGAUACGUAUUUCGACGUCGCGAAAUGGAAGAGGGGUCUGGAGUUCAUGGUAACCCGAGGCGCAACAUGGGGAAAUCUCGUGAGUAUCGGGAUGCGCAACGAACUUCGAGCGCCAGAAGAUAACGCCACCCUGAACUCCAAUUCCUACAACUGGCCAACAUGGUACACCAACAUGGUCGCAGCCGCAAAAAUUAUCAACGCAGCUAACCCGGAUAUUUUAAUCUUUUUCUCCGGCCUGAAUUUCGACACCACCUUGUCCCCCGUCGUAGCGGGCACUGGUUCCGGCAUAACCUUCAAGAAAUCCGACUUCACCUUCUCAAAUAAGAUAGUCCUCGAACUCCACAACUACCAGAACUCAGCUACGUCCUGCAGCAGCAUGCAAAGUAGCCUUCAAAGCAGUGGUUUCAGCACGCUGACUGCUGCCGCUGCAAACCAGUAUCCAAUGCUGUUAACAGAGUGGGGCCAUGAUUGGUCGAAUAGUGACUACUUAGGUGUUUAUGCCAGUUGCUUGCACAGUUAUCUACCUGCGCAGCAUGUGGGGUGGACGAUUUGGGUACUAGCUGGGAGUUAUUAUAUUCGCUCAGGGACGCAGGAUUAUGAGGAGACUUGGGGGCUUUAUAAUCAUAAUUGGACUGCGUGGAGGAAUGCAGCUGCGAUUGACAAUUUGAAGUUGAUGGUUCAGGCAACUUUGGCAUAGUCUUCCCGCC